UUCACACUGUUCAAAUCGACCGGUUAAGAUUCGAACUUGUCUUUUCGUCAUGUGUGUGAAGUGAAAUAAAUUAAAAACUACAAAUAAAAAUGAAUGAAUCUGAAGUUUUUGAUGAUUUAACCCCUCGUAAUGACUCUUCUUUUACGAACAAUAUGUAUCCCAUGGAAUGGGCAAUACCGAUAACGGUGGUUUACGCGAUAAUUUUUAUUGCCGGCUUAUUAGGAAAUAUAAGUACGUGUAUAGUGAUCUCUAGAAACAAAUCAAUGCACACAGCUACGAAUUAUUAUUUAUUUAGUUUAGCAAUAUCCGAUUUGCUAUUACUAAUAUCCGGACUUCCCCCGGAAAUGUAUCGAAUUUGGUCACCGAACGAAUACAUUUUUGGGCAAGCUUUUUGUGUUAUACAAGGAUUUGCCGCCGAAACUUCAGCAAACGCAACCGUUCUAACCAUAACAGCUUUUACCGUUGAAAGAUACGUCGCCAUAUGUCAUCCAUUUUUAUCGCAGACCAUAGCAAAGUUGUCAAGAAUCAUCAAAUUUAUCGUCGCAAUUUGGCUAGUUGCUUUAUCAUUAGCCAUUCCUCAAGCAAUGCAAUUCGGAGUUCAAUAUGAAUCUGAUGGAACGAGUGGAUGUUCUGUCGUGCAAGAAGGUUUGUUUCAACAUUCAUUUGAAAUAUCAGCUUUCGUCUUCUUCAUGGGCCCGAUGACUUUAAUCACCGUACUUUAUGUAUUAAUAGCUAUUAAAUUACGUAAAUCACGAUUAUUAUUAUCUACACAACAUUCAACAAGUGAUGGACAUAAUCACCGAAGAAUUACAAGAAGUAAUAAAAGUUCAGCCGGACAAAAGAAAGUUAUCAAAAUGUUAGUUGCAGUAGUGACGGCGUUUUUUGUGUGUUGGGCACCAUUUCACGCUCAACGUUUAUUUGCAAUUUACUUGGCAAAUGCAACACCUGAGCAACAAGAAAUAGCUUUCAACGCCUACGUCGCUUUAAUCCAUAUUUCCGGGGUCCUUUAUUUUUUAUCGACGACGGUCAACCCACUGCUCUACAAUAUUAUGUCGAAUAAAUUCCGCGACGCUUUCAAGACAACCUUAGCCCAACUUUGCAAAACAAGACGUGAACGUGAAUUAAAUAGAAGUUAUUCGGUUUUAUCCAAAUAUCAUCCUUCGAGGAAUUAUCAACGUUCGGUAUCUGAUGGUGCUGCAAGCACAGCCACAACAGAAAUACGAAUAGAUAAAAUCGGAUCAAAAUCGAAAAGCGCACCGAAUUCAAGACAACAUUCAACAACAAAUUUUCGUCCCCGGCUUCUUACUCCAACGAAUCAAACGACCGUAUUCACCAAUUUGAUCAAAUCCGAUACGAAAAGUACCGUUGAAAACGCUUUGUUACCGGUACCGAAGCUUCGACAAAAUUGUCAAAAGAAAAUGAGACAAAGGAAAAUCGAAAAGAUGAAUUUCUGGAGAAGGUGUACCGCUCUAUUUAAAGGUACAAGAAAAAGUGAUACUUUUAAGAUUGAUAAUAAUAGCCCGGAUAUGGGAAACACUAUAAGUAAUUCAAGUUUGCAAGAUAUGGACGAAAUGGAAUUCAGCAGUUCCGAUUUGGUGAAAUACAUGGAGGAAGUUAAUGAGGAUAUCACAUAGCCACAGUGGAUUUCCAUGGGGAAUAUUACGACUGGAAAUGAAUUGGAAACGAUUUAUGAGAUUUAAAUUUCAAAUUUCAUAAAAAAAAAGAAAAAGACAAGGUGCACUGAUUCUUGAAAGAAAAAAAACUGAUAUAAUGUAAGAUGUACUUAUAAAUUAAAAAAAAUCAAUGUGAUUCUACUUAUUAAGUUAAAUUAAAUGACGUACAGAGUAACGUCCAAAGUAUUUACGUAUAUGUCUAAAUUGUAUAUUUAUGUAAAGAUUAAAUGUUUUAUGUAAAUAAAUGUAUACCCAAAAUUAUUUUGUUUCAAAAAUAAAGUGAAAUUUCUGGAUUUAACACCUAUACUAUUCAAAUAUCCAAAUAUAAUUCAUAUAUGUUACACAUAUAAACCAAAUUAUUUAUAACUGUAAUAAUAAAUUAAGAUGUGUAUAUAUUAUAGAAGUAAAUUUCUAAUUUACACUUUAAAAAUAGACUCUUAUACAAGACCUUUAUCAAUAACAAUAAUAGGGGACGUCACUUAUA